GCGUAACGCGGGGCAGAGACACCUCGGCCCGGAGUGGAGGCGACCGGCGUGGGUCCGAAGAUGCGCCCCAGCCCCUCGCGGUCCGGCCGGGCGACAGGGCGCGGCCGCGCGCCUCCGGGGCCUCGGGUUCCGCCUCGGAGAAAUGGGUCCCCGCGGGCUCCCGGCGGUGGGGAGGGCGCGGGGCGGUGGGCCGGGGGCGCCGAAGGGGUUAACGCACCUGGGCCGCCGCCGCCCCUGGCGGCCCCUCCUCCCGCCGCCGGGAAGAGGAAAGUCACCGCGGGGGCGCGGCCCGGCCUCCGCCCGCCCCGCGCCGCGGCGCCCAGAGCUGCGACCCGCGCGCCCCGCUCCACCGCCGCCCCGGCCCGGGCCGCCAUGUCUCUGUGGAAGAGAUCCCUCUACAGGAGCGUGUGCCUGGCCCUGGCCCUGCUGGUGGCCGUGACGGUGUUCCAGCGCAGUCUGACCCCCGAUCAGUUUCUGGAGGACCCCCUGCCACCCACCCAGGGGCCACAGAAGGACCAGAAGCCACAUGGACACCUAGUGAACCCCAACAGCUUCUGGAAGGACCUGAAAGAAGUAGCCACCCCCCCACUCAUGGCCUCACGGGGUCCCCAGGUCUGGGACGUGACUACCAACAACUGCUCAGCCAAUCUCAACCUGACCCAGGAGGCUUGGUUCCAGGCCCUGGAGCCGCACUUCCAGCAGUUUCUGCUCUAUCGCCACUGCCGAUACUUCCCCAUGCUGCUGAACCACCCAGAGAAGUGCAAGGGUGACGUCCACCUGCUGGUGGUGGUCAAGUCGGUCAUCACGCAGCAUGACCGCCGCGAGGUCAUCCGCCAGACCUGGGGCCGCGAGGAGGCGGCGGCGGCGGGAGGAGGCCGCGGGGCCGUGCGCACCCUCUUCCUGCUGGGCACGGCCUCCAAGCAGGAGGAGCGCGUCCACUACCAGCAGCUGCUGGCCUACGAGGACCGUCUCUACGGGGACAUCCUGCAGUGGGACUUUCUCGACAGCUUCUUCAACCUGACCCUCAAGGAAAUUCACUUCCUCAAGUGGCUCGACACCUACUGCCCCGACGUCCGCUUCAUCUUCAAGGGCGACGAUGACGUCUUCGUCAACCCCACCAACCUGCUCGAAUUUCUGGCCGACCGGCGGCCACAGGAGGACCUGUUUGUGGGCGAUGUCCUGCAGCACGCCCGGCCCAUCCGCAGGAAGGACAACAAAUACUACAUCCCCUCGGCCCUGUACAGCAAAACCAGCUACCCGCCGUACGCGGGCGGCGGGGGCUUUCUCAUGGCCGGCGGCCUGGCCCGGCGCCUGCACCACGCCUGUGACACCCUGCAGCUCUUCCCCAUCGACGACGUCUUCCUGGGCAUGUGCCUGGAGGUGCUGGGCGUGCGGCCCGUGGCCCACGAGGGCUUCAAGACCUUCGGCAUCUCGCGGAACCGCAAUAGCCGCAUGAACAAGGAGCCUUGCUUUUUCCGCUCCAUGCUCGUGGUGCACAAGCUGCUGCCCGCCGAGCUGCUGGCCAUGUGGGGGCUGGUGCACAGCAACCUCACCUGCUCCCUCAAGCUGCAGGUGCUCUGAACCCCACUGGACUGCCAGCCAGGAUAGGCUGGGGCUGCAGGAGCUGGGCGUUACUGGGGUUCAGGCCGGCCCUGUGUGCCCCGGAGGGUGGUGGGGUGCAGGUAGCUGGAGUAGGGCUCCCUGUGCAGACACUUUCUGGAAAGUGAGUUCCAGACCCGGGAGGGAACGGCUGGACCUGCCCAGGAUGGAGAGGGGCAUCUCGGGAGGGAGGCCACUGGUCACUGGCAGCCCUCCUACCCCAGGUCCGUUCCCUGGCCCCCUCUCCUCUGAAGGAGCCCCAUGCUCAGGGUCUGUGGCUGCCCUCUUUGUCCCACAGAGAUUCUCUUCUUGUGAAAUGCCUCAGUCUCCCCACGGGGCCCAUGACUGGGACUGGGGCCCUUUCAGGAGGAGCUCAACCCUGCAGGCUCACAGGCCCCCACGGUCUCCUGGGAGACAGAGCCUCAGAAGCCCCUCAGCACAGCACCCCCCAUGCGCCUGGAGCCCGGCUGUUUAAUCUUGGCUCCCAGCCUGCUUCCCUCCAGGAUGCCCAGAAGGCACAACUGGCCACGGACUACCUCAGCACCCUGCACACCCUCUGGAGGGGCUGCAGCCCUCGCCCCACCCCACCCCACCCCCGACACCAGGCAAAGGAGCUGUGCUCCUGACCCCCCACACACACACACCGUCACAGUGCUGCCUGCCCCCUGCCCAGGUCCUCCUGCAGCCCCACGAGGCCCCGCUCCCUGGCCGGAAACCGGCUGGUUUGGCCCUGGAAGCGGACACUCCUCUGUUACUGUGAAGUUUUAUUUAUGAAGAAUUUGGAGGAAGGAGGCUCCAGGCGGUGGUGGCCAGUCUCCCUGCCCUUCCCUUCCCCCAUCCCAAUAGGCACCACCUCCCUUGGCUCCCCGGACCCCCCCCCAUGCCCUCCCACCCUUCCAUCCCCAGAGCCCCACCCUACCUGCACCCCUGCUUUUCCAGGGUUCUGACUAGACCAUCACUUGCCCCCUGUGAAAGGAUGGGUGACCCCUGCAGUCUGCUCCGCCAGGUUCGGGGGUCCCUGGGGGUGGGUGUGAAAGGGUGCCACCUCCUACCUCAGGAUGGAAUCACCUGGGUAAAGAGGGAGGAGUCGUCUCUAUUUUCUCAAUAAAAGGGGACUGUGGUUUUCA